AUGUCCAAAGAAGUAAUGUCGUGUGCGACCCGGUAUCUUAUCACUUCUGUGAUAUCGCUAGUUCAGACUGUUCCAAUCUUUCCAAUUUCAUCAACCUUCGAACUCUCUGCCUUUUUGAAACAUCGCAACCACUGAAAAUCCGCCUCUCACAAUGUCCUUGAAGCCAUCUUUCACCACUUACCCCGGCUAUGGCGAAGGCGCCACAGAGCGCAUGGGCUACUCUCAAGCUCUACGCCUCGGCAACAUAGUCCGCACGUCCGGGCAAUCCGGCUGGUUCCCCAACGGCGAACUACCCAAAGACUCAGCGACGCAAGUCGAACGCGCCUUCGAAAACGUCAUGCAAGCGCUGAAGAGCGCGAAUCCAAAAUGCGAGUGGCGCCAUGUCAUCAGCUUCAAGUCGUACCACAUGUACAAGGAAAUGGAUGCGCAGUUCCCGACUAUGGUUGAGAAUAUCAAGAGGCGUAUGCCGCACCAGCCUGUGUGGAUGUGUGUGGGGACGCCGUACAUCGGACUUCCCGGGUUGUUGCUGGAGAUCGAGGCCGAGGCGUAUGUACCGGAUGAGGAUGGGGAGGGUGAGGGAGCAAGUAAGCUAUAGUGUAGAUGAAUUUACUGGAGACUGGGCCGUAUGAAUGUUUUAUGUUUAUCUGUCUUUUGUGAUCCAGCAUUGCUUGGAACUUGGAACUUGGAAGAGAUGAAGUGAUGAAUAGAGACAGUAAUUAAUACAUGGCACUGACAUACCG